UUUGUGAUCGCCCCGCGGUUGCCAAAUACGGUACGAAUCUCGGGUUUCGCGUAGCUGCUGGCACAACACCAGCCUCUGCAAAAACGUCCUCUAUUCAUGUUCUCGUCUAAUGCUCGAAAACACGUAAAAACAAUUUUUAUUUCUGUAGCGAGCGCCCUCUAAAUUUAGGUAUGGAAACGGAAAGUAAUACGAGUGAUUUUGGUUCGGGCCGACUUGUCUGUAUUUAGAUUAGAGGCAGAAGCGGUGAGCGAACGGAGCGGAGUUGAUAAUACGUCCGCAUGAUUGCGCGUGAGUUGCAGUGAUUCUGUGUUUGUGAUUGCAUUUUGUGUUUACGCCGCCAGUGAUUAUACAAGGAUUUGGAUGUCACAAAUGCUGCCCGAAGGAGAAGUGAUGCGCCGCGUGGCGUGCGGCGACGUAUGUCCCGCGCCGCCUGCACCGCCCGCGCCCCACACACACAACAGGUCAGAAAACAAGGAAUUACUACGGCAACAGCUUCUUUCUGCAAGUAAAGACCGUCUUGCGGACAAAGCAGAACCAACGAAGCCAAAACACGCAAGAAAUAGACAAAAGAAUAGAUGGAAAUUGAAAUUCCAUCAUCAGGCCCUACCACAAGAGUAUCUUGAUCAUUACGAGCAGAGUUUACAGAAGGCGAAUACUAAACAAGUACAACAGAAGCCGAAACCAUCAGAAAAGCCUAAAACAGAACCAAAUAUUGACAUAAAUAACAUCACCAAUGAAACCUUCAAGAUAUGGGCACAAAGGUUAGCAGGUAUACAAAAUGAAACAGGAACAUUGACGGUUCCACAAGUAUCUUCUGUAUUAAAUAUGGCUAAGCCACCUUGCAAGUCUGAUGAAAAGAAAAAGAAAAAUCCGGCUAUAGCGCCAAGUAAAAUAGUCACUUACGAAGAUUUGCCCUACAUGGGAGAGAUGACGUUAAACAACUCAAAGCCAAGAAGAGGCAGAAAACCAAAAAAAGCGGACAUAUGUCAUUUAAUAUAUGAAAAUUAUGGAACUGUUGUACCUGGACAACCCCCGCCUACACAAGAUAGACUGAACCAAUUGAGUAUGUGUCCACCUUUCCGUGGUGAUAAUACCAUGAGUACUCCCAAAACUGAUUUGCAGAAUAAAAUCAUUUCAAGUUUACUAGAGCGAAAAUUAUCUGCUGAGAAUAAGAGAAAACUGGAAAUACUUUCCCCACAGAGGUUUAACAGUCCGGAUGAACCAAUGCCCGAAGCACCGGUGACGAUUCCAGGGCCUCUGCACAGUGACAAUGAACCUCUAAACCUUUGUAUUAGAGAUCUACAUGAAUUAAAGAUACAGAUUCAAAAGAAAUUUGGUAAUAUUUAUACCUCGACGCCAGAAAUAAAAACAGAAGUUGACACAGAAAUGACUGAACAGGAUAGUCCUAAAACUGAGCAACCAAAUGCAAUAUCUGUCAUUCAGAGGAACACAAAUCUCUUGUCGUCCACAGCAAGUAGUUCACCGGAUUUAUCUCGACAGACGAGAAAUAUCUCACCUACUUUAUCAGAGCCGGCACAGUCAACAUCGUGUCCUGACGGAGACGGUAAGUUUCCUGGAUACGUCUAUUGGCCUAAUGCUGGGAUUUAUAUGCAUCCCUUAGCUCUCCAGACACAGCUGCUGUACUACCAAAGGCUAGCAGCUGGACAAUUACCAUUUGAAGAACAGGACAGGGCUUUAUCGACCCCUAAUAGUGUUAGUGAAAGUGCAUCUACUGAACUUAAUUCAUCGUUAGAUGAAAGUAAAAAUAAAUUAGUGCUUAAACAAAUAUCUGAACUAUUAGACCCCAAAGUGAUAAAACAAGUCGAAGAAGCUAAACGGAGUCCGGAUCAGACCAAAAUGAAAAGGACAUCUCCAAAUCCUUUACCUGGUCCGGUAAAGAGGAAAAGGUCAGCGAUAUUUAUACCUCCAAUUCCUGCUAAAACUAACUCGACUACGCCUACAACAGAAGUGAGUAUAUGUAAAUUUAAAUUUACUGGGGGAUCCAAGCCUUCUCUACAAGAAAAGAAAAUGCUCUCAGUGGAUUCUGGUGGCAAUUUUAGGUACUACAGUGGAACUGGAAAUAAGGGUAACAAGGGAUAUGACUAUCUGCAUCGGGAUUCUAAUCAGGGUAGGGUUUCAGAGCCUGAAGCUUCCGUGUCUUCGGUGCCUAAAAAUGAAAGCCAGAGUACAUCAUUGAGCAAAGAGGAUUUAAGUAAGAAAAAGAGGAAGUCUAGGAAAAGUUUACAGAGAGAAAAGCUGGAGCAAACAUUUAAAGAAAAAGGUUUUUUAAUCCAGACACAACAGUUGCAGUCAGCAGAAGGCGCGACUUAUUGCAAAUUUAGACAGUUAAGAAAAUUUACAAGGUAUCUCUUUAGAAGUUGGAAGGACUAUCUCCCAGGAGAAUUAGAGGAAAGACCCAAGACAGAGGCAUCACCCGAGGAACAACGGCCAUCAUCAAACGACGGAGCUAGUGGGGAAUGGGGAUGAUUAUUUAACAUAACAUGUAUAAUAAACCAAAGACGUGACCCAAUUAUUACCUGGCUACUAAACUUGCUGGUGGCUGGACUAUGCAUUUAUUUUUGUUUUGUCUUUAAAAUGUUAUACAAUAAACAUGUAAAAAUUGUACAUAGUCGUCACUCCGUCCACUAUGUUUUGUGAUUUCGCUUGGAAUGAACAAGAUGUUUUGUGUUAUUAUAAUUUAUUGUUUUCCAUUAAAGUGGAUAUUAGGGUAAAGCUUUUAUAAAAAUUGUUUUUGAUUUCAUUUUAUUACAUCUAAUAAAUAGAUAAAAAAUAUUUAGAUUUAUGUUUAAUAUAUUAAACAAUUACCUAUAAAUGGAUGUUGGAUUGACUUUAAUACCUAGACUAAUUUAUAGUGUAAUGAUUUAAUAUUGUUCGUUUUUCUGAAGUCACAAAAUUUAGGAAUAUUUUUAAUAAAAUAUAGUAUUGCAAUAAUACUAACAAAACUAGUCACUUGACACCUCUAACAUAACACUAUGUCUUUAGUAAAUAUAUUAUGUACAUAUUGUACAAAGCCUGACAAAGUAUUAAAUUGUAAAAAUUGUUAUAAGAAAACAUAGUCCCAACAAUGUUGUCUAUUACAAAAGUAUUGUCAGGCAAAUCUACGCUUUAAGCACUUAACGCAUGUUCCCUCAAAUAGUGUCGCACUAUAAAAAA